GUUAGAAAGAGGGAGGAGAGAUGCUGUGUGGAAGAAGAAGAAGAAGAAGGAAGUACACAAAACCGAAAGUAUCCUUCCUUGAGGGCUUUUCCUUCUUCUGCUUCGUCGUCAUCGUCUUCGUGAACUAAAAACCCUAAUUCUCCCCCAUCUCUCUCUCUGUCGAAGCUUAUCACUUUCACCCUCUCUAUACGCGGAUCAAAUUCAAAGUCCCGAGCUUUUAACAGCCGCCGCCGAAUCGGUUCUGAUUCCUUUUUCGCGCUCCGUCGUGGGGGGAUACCGAUCUGGGUUUUCUCCGCGUGUUACUUUGAGCUGAUCUGUGUCAAUUUUUUAGAAAAGGAAACUUUCUGGGUUCCUUUGGAGAUUCGAAAAUUUUGGAGAUGGGUGAAGAAGGCGGCGGAGGAGGAGGAGGAGGAGGAGGAUUCCCGCCAAAAAAGGAAGGUGUAACUGAUGAGUCUGGUUUCCCGGCGAAGACGCCAGCGAGGCAACUCGACUUCACUGGUGGCUCCGCUGAACAUUCACUGUCUCCUACUGUCGUUGCUACGGCGGUUAAGACAAUCGUCACUUCCUCCGUUUCUUCUUCACCGAUUACGACGAUGGCGUCGCGGCUUCAUCCGGUGGUACGACCGACGGUGACUAACCCGCCGUCACAGUCACCAAUCCUUAACGCGCCAAUUAGGCAUCCAAAGCCGGAAUCUCCGAUAUCUAGACCGAGGCCUAUUGUGGAAGGUAGAGAUGGAACCCCUCAAAAGAAGAAGCAGUGUAACUGUAAACACUCCCGCUGCUUGAAACUGUACUGUGAAUGCUUUGCGUCCGGAACAUAUUGUGAUGGUUGUAACUGUGUCAAUUGUUUCAACAACGUUGAUAACGAACCUGCAAGACGAGAUGCUGUUGAAGCAACUCUGGAGCGGAAUCCAAAUGCUUUCAGGCCGAAAAUUGCUAGCAGUCCACAUGGUGUUAGGGAUAAAAGGGAGGAGAUUGGUGAAGUUGUGUUGUUAGGGAAACAUAACAAAGGAUGCCACUGCAAGAAAUCAGGAUGCCUUAAGAAGUAUUGCGAGUGCUUUCAAGCCAACAUUCUUUGCUCCGAGAACUGCCGAUGCUUGGAUUGCAAAAACUUUGACGGAAGUGAAGAGAGACAAGCUCUGUUUCACGGUGAACAUGCCAACAACAUGGCUUAUCUCCAACAAGCGGCAAACGCAGCCAUUACUGGAGCUGUUGGCUCCUCUGGCUUUGCUCCUUCCCCAGCACCUAAGAGAAGGAAAGGUCAAGAUAUCUCUUUCAACCAAGCAACCAAAGAUUCAUCUUCUCAUCGACUUGGCCAGUUUCAACAGGCAAAUAAUGGAAGAAGUAGUGGCCCAACCUCAGGUACAUCUCCAGCAACUGUUUCUAGGCCUGGUGGCACUUCAUCGGCAGCUCCAUCAAAGUUUGUAUAUAGGUCUCUCUUAGCAGAUAUAAUCCAACCUCAGGAUGUGAAAGCGCUUUGCUCUGUGUUGGUGGCUGUAGCUGGAGAAGCAGCAAAGACAUUAACAGAUAAAAGAAAUGAAACAGAAACUUGUUUAGCUUCUUCUGCUCAAGAUAACUCCCAAGGGAAUAAAGAUGUUGAGAUGGUUGCAGCUGAUGGAAACCAAGCUGAUAAGUCUGAACCAGAGGGUUCCAAUUCAGAUGCCUCUAAAGGAAAGCCACUAUCUCCAGCAACUCUGGCUUUGAUGUGUGAUGAGCAAGACACUAUCUUCAUGGUAGGAGCAGCUGAACCUAAUGGUUCAGUGGACCCUGGUGGCUGCGGAACAAACUCACAGGAGAAGUCAGAGAUUUACGCAGAGAAGGAGAGGGUGGUGUUAACCAAGUUCAGAGAUUGCCUUAGUCGACUUAUCUCUUACGCAGAAAUAAAAGAAUCAAAGUGUUCAUAUUUAGCAAGAAGACAUAUACAGCCACCCCCAACCGCAAGCGCAACGGUGAAAACCGAGAAUGGGAUUCAGCAAAUACCACAGCCACCAACCACUGCUCAACCUACACUCACCAAACCACAGCCGUUGCAGCCAACGACCACAACAAAUACAUCAACCACUCAGCAUCCUCAUAAACCUCCAGCUUUGCCGGAGAAGAAAGACUCUGCUUAGGACAAAAAUAACUUACCAGAGAGAACAUAAACAACAAGCUUCCUCACCACCUGCCUCACUUUACGAGGUAAUGUUACCAUAGUUUUUCUUGUCUCCUCUUUAAAAGCCUCUUCCAGAUUUUGGAGAGAGCUUUGUUUCUUUACUACACGAGUUAUUUAUUAUUAUUACUUGUUAGUUUUCUGUUAACUUUUUUUUCUAUUGAUUGUUUUAGUUGCUGAGGCAUCCUUUGUUUCUCAUGUCUGGUUAUGAUGUUCUCUUUUCAACUUAUGUAACAUUAGAGAGUAACAUAUAAUAAAAUCCCCAAU